UCAUAAUACGCGGAAAUGGCGGGAAGGACAGAACUCAGCCUCGUGAUCUUUGCCUCUUUUUUUCAAUUUUCUCUCUCCCAAGACCUCAAUGUGACCUGCGGCGACUGUGAUAAGUCGGUGUGCCCCAGUGUGGACUCUUGCCCCAGUGGUGUUGUGUCUGACCCCUGUGGCUGCUGUGAUGUCUGUGCGCGCGUCCUGGGGGAGCUGUGUGACCUUGAGGGCGGGUCACACCAAUUUGGCACCUGUGGGGAGUACCUGACCUGUGCCGCGCGGUCAGACUUGCAGGACUCCCAGGAAAGUACAUGUCAGUGCCAGGAGCAGAUGCCGGUGUGUGGCACUGAUAAGGUCACCUAUCCGACCUUGUGUGACCUCCUGGCGAAGGUCAAAGACAACCCUGAGCUGGAGGUGGCGGUGCGUGGCCCUUGUCUGGCAGCCCCCACUAUAAGGUCACGCCCUGAGGACAAGCAGCGCCCCCUGGGAAGCAUUCUAGUGUUGGACUGCGAGGCCCUUGGGCACCCCACCCCUUCCAUCUCUUGGCGCCUUUCAAAGAUUGACGGCACAUCUACUGAACUGCCUGGCGACGACCCAGCCUUUGCAGUUCAGGUGCGCGGCGGCCCUGAGUCUCACAUGAUCACUGGAUGGGUGCAAAUUAUGAAGAUUACAGAAGAAAAUUUAGGCGUUUACUCUUGUGUGGCUACUAAUAGCGAAGGAGAGGCACAGGCGUCCGCUACAGUGUCCCAGCUGAAGGAAGAUGUCAGUGGCCACGAGAAUGCGGUUUAAAAUUCUAUCUCAUUCUCUUUAACACUCAACCUUAUUGCUACUACCACUGCCAUGACCUCUCUCUCUCUCUCUCUCUCUCUCUCUCUCUCUCUCUCUCUCUCUCUCUCUCUCUCUCUCUCUCUCUCUCUCUCUAUCUAUCUAUCUAUCUAUCUAUCUAUCUCGCCUUUUCCCAUAACAUCAAUAUUUUAAAGAAGAAAGAAGAAGAAAAAGAAGAAGAAGAAGAAGAUCAUAAGUAGUGUCACCCAAUUAUUAUUUUUUAUAGAUUCAAAUUAUUGACAUGUUUUUUUUUUUUUUAUAUAUAUAUUUUGUUUUGUUUAUUUUUCCAGAGUACAAUAGUUUCCGCUGCAAGGUACGAACCAUAAAUGCACCCCGAGUCACUAGGCUACGUAGACUAUAGGUAGAAUAAAAAUAUAUUUACACUGGUAUAUUUUCCAUGCUUGAUUUUUUAUAUAAACUGAACGCAAACAGUACGUGAACUAAUUAUCGUACACUUUUUUAGACAUUACCGUACGCUAGGUAUCGUACUCAGCAAGAGGAGCGCGAGAGUUGCACGAUGUAUGAUGAAACUCCAUGGUAAUUAUUAUGCAUUAUUAUGUAUUUCAAAAUGUAUAAUAGGAACUGAGUGGUAAAAUUUUGCUUCAUUAUCGAACAUAUGAUAUCGUAUGCAGUAAUUUGAACUAGAGCUAUAUGUUAGAGAACUGAACGAUGUAUUAUGAAGCGGUAUUGGAAUUACUAUGUACUGUUGACGCGUUUUAGAAUGUAUUAGAAUUUUGUUUAAUCAUCGUACAGCCAGCAACCUGAACGUCAUAUUAGAGAGCUGAACGAUACCUUAGAAACCCCCAUUGGAAUUACUACGCAAUGUUGACCUUUUUCAAAAUGUAUCAAAAUUUUGCGUUAAGCUUCGGACAAAAAGUGAAAAAUGACCUUAAAUGAACAAAAUACGGUACUUGUUCACUAACUGUCUGCGUAAAGUGAAUUUUUAUAAGUAUUUGAUGUAUUGUUAUGUUAAGUGUUGCUGCUGCUGCUGAAUUACGAAUAAAUAAAGUGUUGUGUUGC